AUGAGCAUCUCCGAGCUCGUGGAUGAAACUAUCGCCGCUAUCGGCCCGCUGGAUCAGGCGGCGGUGUCCGCAGCGGAGGCCCGCCAGGGGGUGUUGACCAAGCCGCCCGGCAGUUUGGGUCGCCUGGAGAGUCUGUCGAUCCAGUUGGCGGGUAUCUUUGGGCAGGCGAUACCGGCGAUCACGGGCAAGGCGGUCAUUGUCGCGGCGGGCGACCACGGCGUCGCGGCGGAGGGCGUGUCUGCGUAUCCGGCCGAGGUAACGCCGCAGAUGGUGUUCAACUUCCUGGCUGGCGGCGCGGCCAUCAACGUGCUGGCGCGUCAGGCGGGCGCCGACAUCGUGGUGAUCGACGCCGGGGUGGCGGUUGAUCUGGACCCGCAUCCGGGGUUAACCAUCGCCAAGGUGGGGUACGGCGCGGGCAACAUCGCCCGUGGGCCGGCCAUGACCCGAGAAGAUGCCAUCCAGUGUCUGGAGGUGGGCAUUGCCGCCGCCAUCGAGCGGGCGGACGCUGGCGCCAACGUCAUUGCCGGGGGGGACAUGGGCAUCGGCAACACCACGCCGUCGGCGGCCAUCACCGCGGCCAUCACCGGCGCGGACGUGGCGAACGUUACGGGCCGGGGCACCGGAGUGGACGACGCGGGGCUGGCUGCCAAGAUCGAUACCAUCCGGCGGGUGCUGGAAACCAACCAGCCCGACGCCAACGAUGGACUGGACGUGUUGUGCAAAGUGGGCGGCUACGAGAUUGGCGUCUUGGCCGGUGUAAUGCUGGGAGCAGCGUCCAGGAAUUGCGCGGUGGUGGUGGACGGGUUCAUCAGCGGGGCCGCGGCACUGAUAGCCUGGCGGUUGUGUCCGGUGGCAGCGGAGCGGUUUAUCGGCGGUCACCGCUCGGUUGAGCCGGGUCACAAUGUUGCCCUGGACGCAAUGGGAUUGACUCCGCUGCUGGACAUGAACAUGCGGCUGGGAGAGGGCACCGGAGCAGCGCUGGCGAUGCACAUUAUUGAAGCAGCGGCGCGUUGUCUGGCCGAGAUGGCUACCUUUGCGGAAGCUGGUGUCAGCGACCGGGAUGACGGGUAG